ACUCAUUUCUCCUGAAGGAUGAGAUCCCUGAAACACCUCAAGCAUCACUCCAGGAAUAAUGUGGAGGAAAAUAGUGGCUGCUUGGAGAGAACCUACCCAAAGAUGACUGAGAGCCAUGUGGAUGUGGGCACACAAACGGAGCCUGUGGUGGUGCUAUCUCUGGCUCAGGCGGCUGUUCUUGGCCUCAUCUCCCAGAAUGAAAUAUUCGGGGCCACCAUUGCUCCAAACGGCUUUUACACAGGGGAGCCCAAAGAGUGUCCCCCUCCACCACCUGAGUCAGUGGAGUACGAGUAUGCUGACCAACUGAUAGGGGCCAAUGGGGACUACCUGGCUGAGCCUGCUGGGGAUCCCGAGCCCCACUGCAGUGAGAGAAGACGGCCCGGGCCCCGUGGAAAACCCAAGAGGCUGAGGACUGUAGAAGACUCUGGUGAUUCUCUCCCGCACAAAGAACCUGCUCCACAGGCUCAGGUUAAAGGAGAAAGACUUGAGUCUGACAGCCCUCCUUCCUGUGCACAUGUGAACAGUAGGCAAAGUCCCAGCAAGUCAGAGAAUCCAGUGACCCAGCAAAGUUCUCUGAAAGAGGAACAGAUGUGCGGAAACUGUACAUCUUGUGUGAGAUGUACAUCCAAGCCACAAGCAGAUGGACAUACAAAACAGGGUCAAGAAGACGGCCCUGUUAGCGAGAAAGAGAGGAAGGAAGAAGAAUCAGUGGUGGAGGAACAGGAGGAGGAAGCACUAAACCUCAAGACAAGCACAGAAACAACAAGUUCUCUGGAGAACCGGUAUUAUGAUUCCAAUGAAGCAACUUAUGAGUCUGCCGAUAUGGCGAUGCCAGGAGAAUAUGAGGAGAAUGGCCAGGCCAUGCUGUGGUCUGACCCAGAGGGGCUUGCCAGACGAAUGCAGAUCGACAGACUGGACAUCAAUGUUCAAAUCGAUGAGUCUUACUGCGUGGACGUGGGAGAGGGUCUGAAACGCUGGAAGUGCCGCAUGUGUGAGAAGUCUUACACAUCUAAAUACAAUCUUGUCACACACAUCCUGGGCCACAAUGGAAUUAAGCCCCAUGAAUGUAUACACUGCGGGAAGCUUUUCAAACAGCCAAGUCACCUCCAGACUCACCUGCUCACCCAUCAGGGAACUCGACCUCACAAGUGUACGGUUUGUGAGAAAGCGUUCACGCAGACCAGCCACCUGAAGAGGCACAUGCUGCAGCAUACGGACGUCAAGCCCUACAGCUGUCGCUUCUGUGGCCGAGGCUUUGCCUACCCCAGCGAAUUAAGAACUCAUGAGAAUAAGCACGAGAAUGGCCAGUGCCACGUCUGCACCCAAUGUGGUCUUGAGUUCCCAACUUACGCCCACCUGAAGCGUCAUUUAACCAGUCAUCAGGGCCCUACGACAUACCAGUGCACAGAGUGUAACAAGUCCUUCGCCUAUCGGAGCCAGCUGCAGAACCACUUGAUGAAGCACCAAAACGUGCGGCCAUAUGUUUGUCCAGAGUGCGGGAUGGAGUUUGUGCAGAUCCACCACCUUCGUCAGCACGCCCUCACUCACAAGGUACUGGCAGCUCACUCACGUGUUCCCCAGGGUAUGAAAGAAUUCAAGUGUGACGUUUGCGCCAGAGAGUUCACCCUGUCUGCCAACCUGAAGAGACACAUGUUGAUCCACGCCAGCGUAAGGCCCUUCCAGUGCCACAUCUGCUUCAAGACCUUCGUCCAAAAGCAGACCCUGAAAACACACAUGAUUGUCCACCUUCCUGUCAAGCCGUUCAAAUGCAAGGUGUGCGGGAAGUCGUUCAACAGAAUGUACAACCUCCUCGGCCACAUGCACCUCCACGCUGGCAGCAAGCCCUUCAAGUGUCCUUACUGCACCAGCAAGUUCAACCUGAAGGGCAACCUGAGCAGGCACAUGAAGGUUAAACACGGCAUCAUGGACACCACAAUAGAUGGACAUGAGCCUCCCCAAGAGACAGAAGGGCAGGAGGACUUUGAAGAGGAGAGUUUUGAAUUCAGCGAGCGAGAAAACCGUGCUAACAACAACAACACGCCAGACGUAGCCAAACUAUCUCAAGUGGAGUACUACAACACCUAUGGGAAGAGUGCAGGGCGCUUUAGUACGACAUAA